CGACAACAAAAACGGUUUGAAUCAAAUCAAAAUAGUGCCUUAAACUUUUUAUAUCAUAAUUUUUUGUUGAUCUUAUUAUAUUUUAUUAUAUAAAGUUUAUUGUAGUUCAAUAUUUAAAAUUCAACAGGGAUGUAUGUGUAACAUUUAGUUUUUAGUUUCAUUCUUAUUAUGUCCAUAAAUGUUCAUGUUUCUGGAAAUCCAAUUAGGAUAAGUAGAGGAAAAAUGGUAACAGCAGAUUUUGAUCCAUCUAAAAAAGAAUUCGACAAACGUCGUCUUAUUAGACUACAGCAAGUUAGAGACCAAUCUAAGAAAAUUGCCGAAAAUGUUAGAAACAAAGUUAAAAAAGAAAAGUUGAUGCAAAUGAGGCAAAUAGAAGAAGACGGUAAACAAAAAUUGAAGAACUCUCAAAAUAGAAAAUUAUUGGAAUUGCAAACACAGUACAAGAAAGCUUUAAAAGAAAUAGGUCUCGGUCAUAAAGAAGCUCAAGACAUAGACGAUAAAGAAGAUCUUCUAGAGGAACAAAAGUUUCUUGAUCAAGAGUUGGCAACUAAAAGAGGUCACAAAGCAACUUGUAAAUUACAAUCCCAGAAACAUGAAGCAGCCUAUAAAAAAAAUUCGAUUACAGAUCGUAAAAAAUUAGUAAGAGAGAUAGAAAACACGCGAGCUGCCAUGUUAACUAAUUUUGCGACACGAAAACCUUCCCAUAAAAUAAUUUCCAAUAAAAACAAAGAUGAUGAGACAAGUGAAGAUUUAAAUAUAGUUAUUCCUGAUUCCAGUUUAGAUUCUCAAGGAAGUCAUAAUUCUUUAUCUGAUAUAAAUGAAAAUGACGAAGAACCAUCGUCUAGUUGUUCAUGUGGGGCAGACGAUCAAUCCAGUUCAGAAACUAUAGACGAUACCACUAAGAAAAAUGGUUAUAGUGAUUUGCUAAAUCCAUCUUUAGCUAGUAACUAUUCAACAAGAGAUCUCCAUGCGGUAACUCGUAUUCGUAAGCAGCAACCUUAUUUAGAUAGCUCAAAAUCUGCGUAUUUAAAUAAAACAUCGGUUGCUACCCCUGGUCCAGGCAAUACACAGUUUACAACUAUUUCAUCGGAUAAAAAUCAGUAUGAGUAUUCGCAUAGAGCAUCUCCGUCUUUUGUGACUGCGCCACCAUCUUCUGUUACAGCGCCUCCCCCUUCUAUAUCUCAAUUCGCUUCACAUAAAGAGCCUUUAAUUAAUAAACAAUAUGCUCCUCAGAUUUCCCAAGGACUUAGUUAUGCUGACACUAGAAUAUCGGAUAGAAUAAGAGGUAGAGAAUUUGCACCACAUGCUCAAGAACGUUCCAGUCCUAGAAUUAGUCAAAUUCCUGAAAUACCAAGUGGUACCGUGGUACGAGAUUUUUUACAAGAUAGAAAAUGUUGUACAAACUGUAUCUGCCACUGUGCAAAUAGAAAUAUCGAAAGUCACAAUAAAGUUCAUUCGAUUUAUAAAGAUGACGUUUUCCAUGGAAGGUGUAAGGAAUCAGAAGAUGAUAGGGCAAAGGCGCCACCAACAAGUGAACUUCCUGAACAACAUAUUCAACAUUUAUCAAAUAAAACUGUUCUUGGUGUAAAUGAUAGUAGAAAGCAUUCAGAGACUAGUAAAAGUAAACUUAAUGAGAUUCCUUCAAAACCAUUUAUCAAAUUAAAAACGGGAGGCGUGGAUAAACAGCCAAGUGUUGCAUCAAAAACGCCUACAAAAUGUGUCAAAUCAAAAACAUCUGUUACUAAGGUAAUUCCUUCAAAAAAGCUUCCUGCCAAAGCGCCUUCAAGGACUCUUGAAGAUUUUGAAAAUGAGAACAUAUCAACAUCACAACUUAUUACAGAAGAAUUUAACAAAUUAGUAAAACCUGGUGGUAGUAAACAACAUUUAGUUCAAAUGUAUGAUCAUCCUAAUAGGUUUGGAUAUGAUCGAUCCAUUCCUUCCACCUCAUUUGUCGAAAAGAUUCCUGUGGAAAGUUUAGAAGUUAUACCCGAUCCAGAUAUGGAGGAACAUUGGCAAGAAACACAGAGGAGAAGGCACAGAGAAGCACAUAUCAGAGGUAAGCAAGCUUUAGAAAAGGAAAAGCUCCAAAGAGAAUACGAAGAAAUGGUUAAAGUAUUACCACUGUUACAGAAGAAGGAAAGGAUAAAUGAAAUUUAUAAUGAUAAACCCGAAUAUCAUAUGUCAGAUGAACGACUAAAAGAAAGAGAACAAGCAAAACAAAAUAGUUUGGAGAAUGCUUAUAAUAAAUUAUUUCCGGGUCUUAAACCUGCAAUUGUUACACUUCCAAAAAAACAUCAAACUGAGGAAAGACGGGAAAGUUCCCUUGCUGAGUCAGUUGACUCCAUAAAUGUAGCAAAUUUGAAUACACAUGAGGGACCGCAAUUGUUUUCCGCACAAGAGGCUAGGGACAUUCUCAAAUCGUUCACACAGCAAGACCCGCAUGAUAGAAGAACUAAAUUGAAGCAGUUGUUAAAGCAGUUGAAGAUGCAGAAGGAAGAAUUGUUAAGAGAAAUCUCUGCAUUACCACAAGACGAUAGUGUAGCUGAUUUAAUAAACGAUUUGAGAUCUUUAGAUAAUGGUAACGAUGAUAAGAAAAAAACUCCAAGGAAACGACCUAGAAAGGAAAAGCACCAAGAUGUUUCGAUUGAUAGUAGUGUGGAUAGUUCUGGCAGUGAAAUGACUAGAUUGGAAAGUAAGAUUGUUACAAGCAAGUCUCCCAGGAAGAAGGCAAAGGUUAAAACCAAAGUCAUUAUUCGACAAAAUACCAGCACUCAGACAACUCCAAAGUCAUCCACAUAUGAAGAAAUUCCGAAAGCUGUACCAUCACCACCAGUUUUAAUAGCGCCACCACCAUCACUUCAUGACAUUCCACCAUUAGUAACUUGCACCAAACUUCAUAUUCCUUGUGACUGUGAUAAAGAAAACAAAAAAUCUUCUGAUGAUAAGUGUCACAUACUGGUGAAGCUUCAGGUUAAUGAUAAACCGGAAAUAGUUGUAAAUGAAACAGAAAAGCCAGUCAAAUUAUCUAAAGAAAACUACGUAGAUGUUGGAGUUCAAAUAUCAGAUCCUCGUGAUCGCCCUAAGAAACAAAAAUCUAAAUUCUUUGACACAAAAACAAACAGUAUGCUGGAAAAAUCCAAAACCUGGAGAGAUCAGCUUAGCAAAAAUUCCAUAUCGACCACUAGUACUUCUUAUCUAAGUCCUCCAGAUUUUCAAAGAAGGAAAACCGGCGAUAAGCACGUAGAUUAUUUUAGAAAACCACAACAAAGUGAACUAUCAGCUGCUUUCUCUUCACAAGAAUUAGGCGACCCAAGAGUGUUUCAUUAUGUCAAAAAGUUACUAAAUAUGAACCGAGGCAGUAUAGAAAAUUUAAGUGUAUCGAGCAGUAACGUUGAAACGCCAACUCAAAGUAUAAUAGAAAUAGAAAGUAAUAAUCCCAAAGGUUUACUCCUGGAACAGCUAAAAUCAAGAGCGGAGAAUGUUGUAGAUGGACGUGCUUAUUCACCCGAUUAUAGCUCAGUACCCUUCAACACUAGCCCUAGCGUUGUUAGUUCCCAAAAAGAACCAUCAAACAGUGCACUUUCUGAAAACUUGCCUUGUAAAACAUCGAAACAAAAAAUAUUAGAGCAGUAUGCUGAGGUCACUGAUACUUGUACCAAAAGAAUAGAAGCGUUAGCUGUCAGGAUAGAGCAACUGAAACAAGAUAAAAGAAAAAUGUUGCAGGUUCCCAAAUGUUCUGACAUAUGCGCGAAAGAUUUUUCAACAGCCUACAUGGAUCUGCCUGAAUAUAAAGCAGAUUCGAAAGAAAGUAAAAGCUCCAGUUCAAGUUUGGACGAAGAAGAACUAUUUAGAAAAUUAACAGAAAUAAAUUAUGAGUUUAUGGGGCAGAUGAAGCAGCUACACAGGCCCAUUAUACAUACAACAGAUGCACCCAGAGAUAAAGAAACUGAGGGCGUAACUAUCCCAGAAAAGCCAUCAAAUUCUGUGUCUCAAGAAGGUCAGGAUUCUUUAAAUCAAGAUUCUUUAAACCAAGAACUUCUUGAUCGAAUACGUCGGCUUCAAAAUCGACCGGAUGGCGCACGACAAAUUAUUUCUGCCAACGAGCCACAUCAGCCAUUAUCCGUUCCCAUUCUGUCAGAUAUACCGAUGCUUCCAAAAUUUGAACCUCACGGAGGUAAUAGUAGUAGCCAAUCAAGUCACAGACGUCCACCACCUUCAAAAGGCUUAACAUCUAUUAAAAAGUUAAAUGGGAAUGUUAAUUUGGUGCCGCAUGAGCUAUCUACUAUUGUUGAAGCUGACAGCCAAGUCUCAACCAAAGUACCCAGUCCUGAGAGCUCCAGGGAAUCAUUGAAUUUUCCACAACUAAUUGUGAUACCUGAACUUCAGGAAUAUAAUUCGUCAACGUCAACACCUAAUGCCAGAGUUCCAGAUGAAAAAACAUCACCUUCUUCUCCCAAACAGAAAGUAGUUAUUAGUAAAUCCUCGAGUGAUAAAACUAGCAAUACGACUCCUAAAGAUGACAGUAAUAAAUCCGUUGGAGAAUUUAUGAGCUUAUUGAACUCUUCUAGUAAAAGUAAAGAUAUGCACAGGAGUAGAGAUUCUUGCGACGAUCGGUCACGUUCUAUGGACAAAAAAACGUCAUCAUCCUCUUCGACUGAUGAUUUAGAAUUGACAGAAAAUAUGUUAAGAAGUAUUGGCAUGGAAUGGGCAAUACCGACCUUACAUAAAACACAAGAAGCUCUAGCUCUAACGUCAAGUUCUAGUUCUUUGGAAUUAACCAGAAAAAAACGUAAAGAUAUACACACGACUGUGAGUGGCAGUGAAAUUAGCUUGCGGGACUUCCUAUACAAACACCUUAAAAAAGUUUCCUCAAGUACCAUGAUAACGGAUGGCACAUUAGGAAGCUUCCUAGGUGAAAGUUCUGAAUUAUCUGGAAUUCUAAAGACUGCAAAUGCUAGUCGGGAUAGACAAAGAACUUCAACACCGUUAGGCAGUAGUAAAUUUAUGAGUUCAAGCAAAUCGAACGCCGAAUUCUCCGAUUCUGAAUUGUCAUCAAUAAGACAGGAACGAACUAAAAAGAAGAAAGAUAAAAAGGACAAUAAGUAGAAAUGUUAACGUUGUUAAUGUAAUUUAUUAAUAUGUAUUUUAAAUUUUAUUUUAUGUACAAUUGAUUAAACUAUCCAAGCUCUAUCUUUUAU